CGAUAACCUCUUUCUCAAUAACCUAGUUUCUGACUGCUGUGAUCUCCUCCCCUGCUCAGUGGUGGUUCCGACGGAGGCAUAGGCCGGCGGCAGGCGACGGCGAGCAACGACUAAGGCCCAGGUAAGUUCACCCCAUCCCCAGACCUAGCCGGAAACUUUAACCCCCACAUCCCUAACCAGAUCUGUCCCAGCAGUCGGAUCCUUAGUCGCCGGUCUCCCCGAAGCACUACCAGCCUCCUUCACUGAUUUACCAGCCAUCCUCCAAAUCGAUCUCCGCUCCCCGAAGGCCUUUGACUAGUUUGCGCCAGCCUUUAGCCCUAGACAGUGCCCCCAACCACCCACUGCUGAACCCCAGACGACGCCCCCAGUGGCCUGCCACCCCACCCCAACCUCAGGUCGCAGAACUCCUCCCCCGUUCAACCGUAAUCCACACGUAGGCAGCUUAAUCCAACCCAGAUCCUACCAGCCACCCUGCUUCUACCUGCCUCCGCCCCACCCUGCUGCCUUUUUCUAUUUUUCUGCAUUAUUGGCUGUUGUGUAUCUGUAUUGCUUUUGUUGAGUUUUUUAAUCUUGCUUAUUGUGCUGUGCUAUAUUUCUAUUAUUGGUGCUGCCUCUUAGUAAUAAUUACUCUAGUGUUGUAUUCUUGGUGUUUAUAUUUUGUAUAAUUAUUUUUCCAUCAUCUCCGAUGGAGCCAAAAAUUCCCCGUUUUUUGGCUUUGGGGUGUAAUGGAAUAAAGCAAAAUGGAUCUCUAAACUGUUUGCGCUUCUUUGAUUAAUGAAGUAGCAGUUAGUCAAUCAAUGCAACUUUCAACGUUGAGCCGGAGGUCUCUUUGGAAACAGCUCUCUACUUUCGAGUAGGGGUAAGGUCUGCGUACACACACCCUCUCCAGACACUACUCUUGUGGAAUUCAACUAGGUUGUUGGUUCAAUGUUCCCAGCCCCCUUGAUCAAUUUGAUAUUCUCUCUAAUUGGUUCAGGACUCCGAAUGUAUAGUGUUUAAAAUGGCCUUAGCCUAGGAUAGUAAUGGUCUGGUUCAAGAUCUUCAGUUCUCAUUUUUUGAGAACCUUUCCCGUGCCAUUUUGGAAACGGAACAAUUUCGUUAUGUAUAUAACUUAGUAGAUCCAUUUGAAAAUCUAUUUUUUAGUUCGCUACCACCUGGGUUCGAUUUGGAACAAUUUGGUGUAGGUAUUUUUGCCCACCUCUGGCAAAUUUCCUGAAAAAUUGCAUCCAAUCUAACAAACUGCAUUCGCUGUUAAAUGUUUAUGAAUUUUCUUAAAGUUUACCUAGCCAUUUAGACAUUUGCAGCAAUAUGAUGUUUCGUCCAGUGCGAUGGCGCGUCUGUCGGUCAAUUAAGUGACUCACUCUGUUUAUCGGUGAACUAUUUUUAGACUUCAAGAGUAUGCUUUACUUACUUUUCGAGUCAAGUUUGGGGUUUUCUCUCUUCGAUGCGGGAGAGCUUGAUAGACUGGGCAGAACUCCGAGUGCAAUGCUUAUUUCUGAAGAAUGGUUGAACACUUAUGAGGAAUUUAGCAAACUAGUGAGCAAUAUCUAAAGGAAUUCUUACAGAUGAACUUUCACGUUUCUUGAAUGACAACUUCCCCAAAUCACCAAAGGCAAUUCUUGGUGUAGAUACGAAAAGCCCCGCACUUGCAAUACUAAAUAUUCGCCACAACGCAGAUAAAUAUACUCUCAAGAGGAUCCAAAUUCAUUUUGAGAGAUAUAUGGGGUUUUUGAAAAAGCCCAGUGUAGCCUUGCACAUAGUUAUAGCAGUACUAAGGUUAUGUGUAAUACCAAUGGAAAUGACAAUAUGAUCAUCCAAGCAAUUUUGAUUUUGUAUACUUUCAACAAGGAUUUUAAUUCUAUGGGUAUCCGACUCAAAGAGCGGUUUGGAUGUCACUUCCAUGAGUUGGUGAAGUUGGUUGAUAAUGGUUAUCUAUAUGCAAGAGUUAUAAAGGUGAUAGAUUACAAGUCAAUGUUGACUGACAAUCACAUUUCAACCUUAGCAACCUUAGCAGAUAUCCUUGGAGAUGAAGACAAGGUGAAGGCUGUUGUAGAUACGGCUAAAGCCUCAAUGGGUAGGACAUACUCUGUACCUAUCUAUUUUUACAUAUGAAUAACCUUUAUGUUAAAUUGUAUAUGUUUAAUUAUUUGUUCAGUUACAUUUUCUUACAUGCAGGGCAUGAUUUGUCUCCAAUUGACAUAAUGAAUAUUCAACGAUUUC